UCAUCUUUUCCAAUGGAUUGAGUUCGUUCACCGUAAUUAGCAUUUCUUUGCGAUGUUUGUUUACAUCGAGUGACUUUGCGUACGGAAAUUUUCUCACGCUUGUUCUCCCGCCAUGGCGCCUAAAGGAAAAUCCACUACGAGCACAAAACGUAAAACCAGAACUUCAAAAACAACACCGUGGGACUCUAACAACCCUCAAAACUGGACAAUUCAGCAACUUAAAAGUGAGUUGGAGAAAUUGAACAUUCAUGGUUCUUUCACGGGCAUGUCAAAAAUCGCGCUACGGAAUUUGUAUCUCGAAAACGUAAACAGACACCGAGAAGUAAGUGUUACGGCCUCCCAGUCAGAAUCUGUUACGCCUGCCAAUAUUACGAAUACAUCUGCAGAUGAAGUUUUAGAUACUACGAACAAUUCAUCCUUAGAUGCUUGUGCUUUGGACAUUUCCGAUGUGGAACUACUUUCCGACGCGGAACAUUCCGCGCACUCAUCCCAGACGGUUUGUGAUCAGUCCGCGCAACCUACAGGAAGUCAAUCUGCUACGUCACGGCGGAGGGAUUCCAACAUGGCAGCGCCCAGUGUGGAUAACAACCAAGAGAUACAGCAGCUUCAGAAAACAGUGAUCGAGCUACAACAGACCAUGAUAGCGAUGAUGAGCUCACAAACGACGGCUAAGGAGUCUGUUCCAGAAUCAUCGUCAGGAUAUACUCUCGCCACAGCAUUAGAAGCACUGAGAAAUACCGGCGACUGUACGGCAAAUGUCGCGUCAGCCAGCACCAGUACAGCUGGAGAAAUUCAGACAACUAGUCCCAUCGGCUUGCAGGUACCCACGCGUGGUUCCAGCCCCUUCAGAGGUCUUGUGGAGCUCCAACCAGUCAUCGAGAACUUGUGGAAUGCAGCAAUAGCCCCCAGCACAAGAACCACUUACCAGACAGGUUUUAACUUUUUUAUUAGAUUCCUCCUUAUGACAGGAGUGAUUGCUAGUGCUGGCGCGUUAGACAUUCAAGUGACAGAAGAUUUGCUGAUAUAUUUUGCAGCACAUUGUUUUAACAGUAAAUUGUCUCAUAAUACAGUUAAACUAUAUUUAUGUGGUAUACGUUUCAUGUGCCUUCAACAGAACAUUGCAUACCCGGUGGCGAAAGAUAUGCCACGUCUCUUUUCCGUGUUAAAUGGCAUUAAACGGUCGCAAGCUAAGCCAACUAGACCGCGUCACCCAAUAACUUUUAACAUUCUAAAGGAAGUUUGUGUAUUUCUUCGGAAGACAACACACAGAUUAUUUGAUGAUGUGCUUUUGGAAACGGUGUGUAUAGUGGCCUUUUUUGGGUUCUUAAGGUGUGGUGAGUUUACGGUUAAAAGCAAAUUUGACUCAUCUAUUCAUCUGUGCGUGAAGGACUUGGCUAUACUACAGGAUUGUGUAAUAUUGACACUUAAGUGUUCUAAAACGGACCCUUUCAGGAAAGGAAUAGCCAUCAAACUUUUCAAAACUGAUAAUUAUAUUUGUCCUUACAAUGCAUGUCGCCAGUAUAUCACAGCAAGGCUACAACAGAAUCCAUCUCCUUUGGAUCCAUUGUUUGCGAACCAUGAUGGCAAUGCUUUAUCACGUAAUACAUUUCUUGCUAGGUUCAAGCAUACUCUUAAAUGUGUUGGUAUUAACCCAGAUAUGUAUAAUGGCCAUUCAUUUAGGAUUGGUGCAGCUACUACUGCAGCUGCAGUUCAGGUGGAAGAUCAUAUGAUCAAGGUUUUAGGCAGAUGGUCUUCUGAUGCCUAUUGUAGGUACAUCAGAACGCCCCAAGAUUCCAUCAGGAAAGCUCAGAGAUCUAUGGCUUUUGCUUGUCGAUAAUUAACAACAAGCUUUUUAUUAUUGAAAUAUUAAGACAUAGUGCGUAGGUCUAGAGGUGUCAUUAUAGUAAUAAGACACACAUACCUAAUAUUAUUACUAAAUCAUUUUGGGGCACUCAGUUCAAUUCAGUAUAUCAUUUAACUGAGUUUUGGACUUUUCAU